AUGGACAAUUCGCUGAUGGUGGAGGCUGUGGUAGCUGGUUGGAGGUUGUGGUCGCUGAUGGUGGAGCUCGUUGGAGGCUGUGGUCGCUGGUGGUGGAGCUCGUUGGAGGCCGUGGUCGCUGGUGGUGGAGGCUGUGGCCGCUGGUUGGAGCUCGUUGGAGGUUGUGGCCGCUGGAUGGAGCUCGUCGGAGCUCGGCUGAGAGUGGUUGAGGUGGAGGAGAGUUAAGUGGGAGUAGUGUGAUAUUUGAAUAGCAUGUGAUAUAAUAUUUGAAAUUAAUUUGAACGUUAAAAUCGUCAUUGCAAAUGACGUUUUUUAAGUCGUCGUUCAAAAUUACGUUUUUCUCCCUUUUAUAAAUUUUAACGUCUGUUACUACCGUUUAAAAAAUUCAUGUGUAAAAAAGUCAUUUUGAACGACGACUUAACAAACGUCAUUAUCAGUGACGCUUUCAG